ACACUUUUGGUUGACUCCUUUUGACACGAAGAAUGUAGACCCCGCCCACUCAUAUGACGUCACUAAAGAUAAUUGCGGAAGUGAACCAGGCGACGGAAGACAGACAGAAACCCAAAUAAGUUGGUGUGUACGGUUGACUAAUACUUACAGAUAGUCUAUAGUCAUGCUGGGAGGAGGAUUCAAAGCAGAGAGGCUAAGAGUUAACCUCCGGCUGGUCAUCAACCGACUCAAACUCCUUGAGAAAAAGAAAACUGAGCUUGCUCAAAAGGCAAGAAAGGAGAUUGCAGAUUACCUGUCAUCAGGGAAGGAUGAACGGGCACGGAUCCGUGUGGAGCACAUUAUCAGAGAAGACUACCUGGUGGAAGCCAUGGAGAUCCUGGAGCUUUACUGUGACCUGCUGCUGACUCGCUUUGGCCUCAUUCAGUCCAUGAAGGAACUGGACCCAGGUUUACAGGAGGCAGUGUCCACCCUCAUAUGGGCAGCACCUCGUCUACAGUCAGAGGUGUCUGAACUAAAAACUGUAUCUGACCAGCUAUGUGCAAAAUAUAGCAAGGAGUACGGCAAGCUGUGCAGGACAAACCAGAUUGGCACAGUCAACGAUAGGCUGAUGCACAAACUGAGUGUGGAGGCCCCUCCCAAGAUCUUGGUGGAGCGCUACCUGAUAGAGAUCGCCAAGAACUAUAAUGUGCCGUAUGAACCUGACGCCAUGGUCCGGCCUGAGGUGUGUCCUGGAGAGGAGGCAGACCUGAUUGACGUGGACAUGGACAAGAAACCUAGAGGAGGAGGAGGGGGGGGUGGUGGAGGUUUCACUGCUCCUGCCAUGCCCAUGCCUAUGCCUAUGCCCAUGCCUAUGCCUACAGCGUUCAACUAUCCACCCCCCAACGGAGCCGAACCGUAUAAUGCUCCCAUUGGAACCUACAACAGCUUUCAGCCCCACAUGGGUGGAGGGCCGCCCCCUCAGCUGCCCACUUCUCCCCCCACAUAUGAGUCUAUUGAUGACCUAACUGACAAACCUUCUGUUCCUUCCCAGGCCAUAGCUCCUGGGCCUUCGUCUCAGCUAUUCAACAACAACACUCUCCCAGAACUCCCCUCUGUUCCUGACACACUCCCCACGUCCUCCUUCGGCGGAAACACCAGCACCUCGGAUGACAUCGACUUUGACGAUUUAACACGGCGAUUUGAGGAGCUGAAAAAGAAGACUUAAUUGCUAUGUCCCUGGUCUAGAGAGACACACACACACACACACACACACACACACACACACACACACACACACACACACACACACACACACACACACACACACACACACACACACACACACACCGAUAUACAUACACAGACCUGUGUCGUCACCUACGCAACUCAGAACAGGAAAUGGAAAAUUCUCAAGGCUCCCAAUCAGAUUUGAAUAGUUUUCCUCCCCCUCCCACGGUGACGUAAUCUUAGAUAGAUAUUUAACAUGUAUUCUUACCUCAUUUAUAUACAUAGGACCAGCGUACUGAGGCUGUGGUUACUCACAGAAAACUAAUUUCAGUUGGUAGUACCAUUGAGUGCCACAUUUUAAUUUCUUUCUAUGCUACACAUUAUAUAAAUUCUUACGUACAAGCAUGCAGGUGUUGACCCCUGUUCUCUCAUUUAAGGUCACGCCGGCUUUUAACUUUUCCCAUUUGUCUGAGUGAUGUACUGUAUAAUCAAAUUUAGAUUUUAAAUGUUGUUUUUCUCGGGGGGGUUUCGGUUUGACCAACAUUAACAGUACAUGCCUUGAUUCCAUUUUGCACACGCUGUUUCGCUCCAAUCUUCCCCUCUGUGUCACACAGUCCUGUCUCAGACCUGUCUAACAAGUCGAACUGGCCGCCCAGUUUGGUGUGGAUCUGACAACACAGGCUACAGGUUGUUUCCGAGGCGAGGCUCUCAAUACCCGACAAUUUCUUUUGCCUGAAGGUAUUGGGACAGAUAGAAGCCAUAUUUUCAGUAUCUUGCGCAGUCAUGUUUUGUCACUGUGGAAGGGACAUUUUAAAACACUCCUCACAUGUCAUGGUUUAUUUAUACCGGGGGGGGAAAGUGUGUGUGUGUGUGUGUGAGCCCUCCAGGAAAAGUGCAUGGUGACACACACGUUACAGGGGUGGUGGGGUUAAUUAAUACAACAGUGUAUGGAAAUCUGUAAAAUAAUACAUCUACAAUGAUAGAGCUAUUUACACGAAUGAUUGAUCUGUACAGCAAAAAGAGUUUGGUAGUAGGGAGUGUCAUCAAUAUUUGAAAAUUUGUUUUAUAUACAGCAUCUAAGGUUGGGGUUUUUUUUGCCCUUUUGAAUGUCAGUUUUAACAAAUAGUUGCACUUUCUUUUCAUUGAAGUACUUCAUUUUCAAGCAAAAUGUGUGCAGACAAAAGCAGUCAUACAAGAACUUAAUUUGAUUGAUUAGAUGUAAAAAUUGACCUCAGAGGUAAAAAGUUUGUGUUGUCCUCUGUGAUCGUGUGUGCAUGUUUUAUGCUGUAUGUGCACCACUGCAUUUGCCUUAGACCCCAUCUCUCAUCAGAGGCUGUGCCAGUCUGUACCAGGAUUUUGCAUUUUUGUUACCCAUCAAGACUGGGAGCCUGCUGACUGCAUUGAGUGUCAGUUGAUUAGAUUACACUUUUCUUUAUUUGCUUUACUCAAACAAUUCUCUGAAACCUGUUUGGUUAAAAUUUGCAGAUGGAUGGUGGCCUUUAAAAAAUAUUCAGCAAUCUCUGGAAAGCACUUUGAAAAUCUUUCCAGCUGGUAGACAGAGAAUAUUAUUAGGUUUUACGUGUUUUGGAAAAAGUAGAGAGAUUAACACUACAGAACUGUGAUCUGCUCACUGUCUUUUCUAUGUUGGACUGUUCUUUCAUGCAUAAACCUUGAGACACCAUGGUGUCAUGUUGCAAAAACAGGAUUUUUUUCCACUGUAUACUAAAAUAACAAUUUAAUAAACGAUUAUUUGGAACUGGAAA